AUGAGGCAUACAGAUGAAAUAACCACUAUGAGUAUCCAGUAUUUGCCAUGUGCUAAAGAAAUGGCACAACCCCGGGUAUGGGUAUGCUCCUCCCCUGGAGUCCGUGAGGCUGGCUCCACGAGGCCCGGGAGAGGGCACAACACCGAGGGGAAACGCCGCCUGGCGGCCAGCACGGAAACUGGGGUUCCCAAGACCGUCAGGAGACGGGGGAGGGGCAGGAGACGUAGGAUAGGUGGGUGGGUGAGCGAGUCCCAGUCCGGUGGGCGAGGCGACUUCUCUCAGCCCCACCGAAGCACCCGGCCCACCAAGGCUCUCGGAACCGCCCGCUGUCUAGCACAUCACUGCCUCCUUUCGAUCCUGGAACAGACGCCCGGCCGGCCUAUGAAGCCCGCCGGCCUCCCAGACCCGGGUUACUUCAGCUCCCGCCCUGUUACCGCGGCGUCCGACCGCCGUCAAUCCCUGGGCCGCCUCAUUUCCCCCCUGCCAACCGUUUUUCCGAGUCCCCAGACUCACUUACCUCGGCCGCGCGGCAGCCAGCACCUUCUCCUGCUACUCGGGCUUUCAGAUUGGCUGUCCCGGGACGUUGCUGUCAAUCAGCCAAUCCCCGCCCCGAGCCGGGAUCAGGCUGACCAAUUAACUGUUUGUUCCGGCUCGGAGGCGGGCUCAGGGAGCCGCGGGCGGAAGGUGUGGCUACCACCUCCAGCGCCGGCAGCCACCUUUCCCCGUCGGUGUGCGCACGCGCGGGAGUCCGUGAUGGGCGUGUGCUUUCGCCAGGCCUUGGCUUUGUGUCUUCACUGCUCCGUCCUGGGAAGUACUUUUGUUUGUAAACGUCAUGCUCUAGGAUCGUAUCCGAGAUGUCACAUUGCAUUUAGUCAUCAUGUGUCCUUAGUCUCCUCUGAUCUACAGGAUGCUCCAGGCUCAUACUGUAUUUCUGUCCCCAUCCUAGAAUCAGCCAUUUUUCCAAGGAGCCCUAGAAUGGUCUUUAAAACUAAGAUCUCAGUACUGAGUAUGCUUAUUGCUACUGGAGAAUCUUUGAAUCUAGCCUUUGUUAGAGCUGGUAAAUAUUGUUACCACCAUGUUUUUUUCUUUAAAUUCUUCAUUUACAACUCUGUGAUAGGCAGCCUAUAAGGUGUCCCCAUUAAGCCUUACCUCUUGGUAGUCAAACUUUUGUGUGUUUUCCUCCUUUUGAGCAUAGAGUGGACCUACUGACUUGCUUCUAAUGACUUGAAUAUAGCAAGAAUGAGAGGAAGUCAUUUAUUAAGUUACAAAAUGACUGUGGCCUCCAUCUUGCUUGCUUGCUUUUGGUUCUUCUUUUCUUCCUCUGAGGGAAACCAAUGACAUAUAUGAGCUUCACUAAGGAGAGGCCCACAUGGCAAAAAACUGAGGGAGGACUGUGGGCAACGGCCAGUAAUGAACCUCCAGUCAUCAGCUUGUGGGAAACUAAAUCCUGCUAAAAGCCAUGGAACUUGAACUUGGAAGGAGAUCUUCUCUCUCUGGAGUCUUGAAUUGACUGGAACCGAGCUGGCAACUUGAUUGCAGCCUUGUGAGAGAGGCAGACAUUCAGCUAAGCUGCACAUCAACUUCUGAUGCACAGAAACUGAGAGAAAAUAAUUGAAUAUUGUGUUGAGCUGAUAAGUUGCGUGGCAAUUUGUUAGGAAGCAAUAGAUAACUAUACAAUUUUGGUCUCUUCCACAAGAUCAGUGGAGCUAUUUAAAAUAUAUAUGCCCAAGUCUCUACUUAGAAUCUUAGGUGAUUGUUCUGCAUAGCUAAGUUUGAAGACAAAUACAGAUAGAUACAGGGCAAUCCAUUUGAGAAUAUUAGAAAAAAUGGACUUUUGUUUUCUUUUUAAUGGAUUUAAUCCUGGAGUUUUUGACCCAGAUUAAUGACUCAGCUUUCUCGACAGAAUCAAGAAAACAAAAACUUUAUCUGCUUUGGAGUAUUUAAUGAAUAAGAGGAGGGCUGGUGAUGUGGCUCAAGCGGUAGCGCGCUCGCCUGGCAUGCGUGCGGCCCGGGUUCGAUCCUCAGCACCACAUACCAACAAAGAUGUUGUGUCCGCCAAAAACUAAAAAAAAUAAAUAUUAAUGAAUAAGAGGAAAAAGUGCCAGAGCUCUCUAACUUAACUGUGUGGCCUUGAAAAAGUUCCUUGAUUUCUCUAUAUCUUCAGAUUCCCAGAAAAAUAAGAUUGUAAUACCAUUUUUAGGGAAAGAGAUUUAUUCAUUUUUAGGUAUAUUAUGCAAUAGAAAGUGACCAAACUCUGAGCUUCCUUCCAUGUGGAGAUUUAAUCCCUCUAAUCCAUAUUGGUAGACAGAUGUUAUAUUUUGUUGUGGAAAGAAUGUGGACUUUGGAGUCAGACCGAUUUCAAAAUAUGUCCAUGCCACUGGUCAGCUGUGUGUAUCCUUGGCCAAGACAGCCUCCCUGGGUCUCCUUUUCCUAACCUGCACAGUGAACAUUCUCAGAGUAUUCUUGAAAACCUUUUGUGUAACAUUUGUCAAAUGCCAAGGAUAAUUCCAGGCUUGUCACUAUAAUCACAAUGGAGGACAUAUAAUCAAUUCAUCCAGUUAUGAUCCACUGGUUAGUAAAGUAGGGAACAGUCAAAGGUCCACAACAGACUGUUUUUCAUAAUGGGUUUAAUGGCAACCUCAUUUGAUGAAGAGAGGUUGGAUUAAUUCCUCACCCCCCCCCCCCGCGCCAGCUUUGAAUACCUCUAUGUAAAAAUAUAACGCACUGAAAUGGGGCUCGAGUACCUACAUUAGAAUUCAGGAAAACCUUGAUAGCAAAAUAUCAUUGUGUAAAGUAAUGACACGCCCACAGAGGUUUUAAGACAAGUUGAGGUUGGAUGUGUGUGGGAGAGGUUGAACUACUGUCCAGUCCAGUCUAGGCCAAUUGUGAAAACCAACAUUAUCUCACUGGAGAUUAGAGUCAGGGAUAUAGACAGUGCCCAUUGACUACAAAGCUCCUUUAAUCACAAUAAUAGGCAGAAAUUUUUGAUAGGUGAUAAGAUUUUAAUCUUCUUUAGUCUUGUAAAGCUCAGUUAAAAGAAUAUUUUUACUGUGCCUAGUGACAAGUUGUUAAGCAAUUUUAAUUUUGUCAUAUAAUUUUGGUUAUUCUAAAAUGAAUAUUCUUCUCUUCAUUGUCAUAUGAAGUGACAGAAAAGUUCCGUAUUCAAAUGUGUCAAGAGACCACAACCUUUCCAAAAUUGUGAUAUUCCUUGUUAUAAAUCUAGCCCUUGAUCUGGGCACAGCAGCACAUGCCUGUAAUUCCAGAGACUGGAGAGGCUGAGACAGGAGGAUCAGAAGUUUGAGGCCAGCCUCAGCAAGUUAGGAGGCCCUAAAUAACUUAGUGAGAUCCUGUCUCAAAAUAAAAAAAGACUGUGGAUAUGGCUCAGUGAUUAAGUGCCCCUGUGUUCAAUCCUCAGUAUCCAUAAAUAAAUAAAUAAGUGCAUGAAUGAAUAAAUCCAGCCCUUGGGAUUGAUUUGACUUACAAGGCUCUUUUUUAUGUUUUGUUUUGAAAUUUGUGGUUAUGGAAAAUAUCACAUAUACACAAAAAUAUAGUACUAGGAAUCCUCUUGUAUUCAUCAGCUAGUGUACAGCUACAUCUUAUAUAACUACAAGCUUUCCCCUCCUCUGAUUUUUCCUUUCCUUCCUCCCUUUUUCUGGGAUGGAACACAGAGACAAAGUACCACCAACCUACAUAUCCAACCCUUUUUAUUUUUUGAGACAAGGUUCUUAUUAAAUUGCCAAGGCUGGCCUCAAACUUUGUGAUCUUCUGGCUUCAGCGUCCUGAGUCACUGGAAUUACAAGUGAGUGCCACCACUCCUAGUUGCUCCUCUUAUUCUUUUGAAACUCAUCUCAGGUCAUUCCAUUCAUAAAUAUUUCACUGUAUAUCACUAAAUGAUAAAUAGUUUUUUAAGAAUAUAACUAUAAUACCAUUGUUACAUCUAAAACAUUAAUUAGUUCCUGAUAUUAAAUAAGUGUUCAAAUUUA